CAGCCGCCUCCUCUUUCCUCUCUCGGCGUACUUCAUCGAUUACGGCUAGAAACAAAACGACUCUGUAUACGGAGUAAUGGUUGAAAUCUCACUGGCGCCUCAGCAGGACGGGCAGCCAGAUCCGCGGCUUUGGAGAAGGCCAGCCCACCGUCGUCCGACUGAGGCGACUUGAGCAAGACCAACGGCCGAGCGGCCCGAGAAUGAAAGCAGCGAAGCCCGAGUGGCGGUGCAUUCCGGGAGUUGCAGUCCCUGCGAGACAACGCUCUCCCGCCUCCACCAGGCUCUGCACUCCAUCUCCCAGCCGACCCCGCGCCGCGGAGGAGGCGAGCUUGGUGAUGAGCUGCCGCAGCGGUAGGGGGCCUGGGGCGGAGAAGCCGCUACAGCCGCGGCCGGGCGACGUUGACAUCUGGCAUCCCUGGAGUCUCAGAGACACUUGGGUGGACAGCGACGAGGGCCUUGUGGCCGCCGUGUGUACCCGUGCUUACCCUCUGUCCUCCCUACAGGCGCGCGGCGUCCGCCAUGGAAGCGCAUCCGACCGCUGGGGUCUCUGGGUGCCGCGGCCUCGGCUCUCCGGGGCGAUGAGGGACUAGACGCGCCCUGAGGCCCGCCUGCCUCCCGCGCUCUGGCCACCCCGGCGCGAAAGGGAUCGGGCGGGCGGGCGGUCCCACAGUGCCCGCCUUUGCGCCGCCCCACCCCCUGGGGGCGCUGCUGAGGGGGCGCCAGCCGCCCAUGCCGCCCCGGCGCCCAGCCGCGCCUGGCGCCCGCCGCUGAAGCGCAGGACGCGCCGCCGCCCGCGCUCACCGCCGUCCGCGCCAGCCGCCCCGAGCCGACUGCCUUUCUGCCCCCAAGAUGUGGCACAGCGUCGGGCUGACUCUGCUUGUGUUCGUGGCCACGCUGCUGAUCGUCCUGCUGCUGAUGGUGUGCGGUUGGUAUUUUGUAUGGCAUCUUUUUUUAUCAAAAUUCAAGUUUCUCCGGGAACUGGUGGGAGACACAGGAUCCCAAGAGGGAGAUCAUGAGCCUUCAGGGUCUGAAACUGAAGAAGACACUUCCUCCUCUCCACACAGAAUCAGAUCCGCUCGCCAAAGGAGGGCACCUGCUGAUGAAGGCCACAGACCCCUGACAUAGUCCUGUACUUGUGAAGGAUGAAAAGGCAGUUGCCAGCUUCUGUCUUUUAGUGACUUGGCUUUGAAAUUUACUAAUGACUGAAGAACAUUUGUAUUGGAUUUUAAGUCGAAUUUUAAAAAAGAUUUACAUGUAAGCCAUAUAAAAAUAAAGGGAACUGAAACCAAAUUGGACUAUUAUAAAUUUCAUCUUAAAGAUAAUCUUUUGUUUCACUAGCUUUCUACUUAUACACUUAUUCCUUGGCUUUUGGGCUUAUUUUCUUGCACUGGUGCAGAUCUGGUAAACAUUAAAGGCUUGAAAAACCAUAUUUUGUUAGCCCUAAAAUGUACAUUUUUCUUCCCAUUUUAACUUAUCUGAAAUUGGGAUGCAUCUCAUUACUGUCAACCAGGUGAUAGUCAUGUAAUGCUCCUACCAUGUGCAUGUGCGAAUUUACAGCUUGUCAUCGUGUCAUCCCUUUAACCAACAUGUGUUUUGUUGGUAUCAAAUGUGUCAGGUUUAAUUGACAUUUUAAAAUGUCUUCAAAAAGAUUACACUAUGAUUCAGCAUUGAAACGAAAAGUUAUUGUGUAUGCAGAAAAGCAUGGAAACAGAGCAGCAGGGCGUACAUUUGAUAUUAGUGAAGCAAAUAUUCGUCGCUGGAGAAAUGAUCGCAAUUCCAUAUUUUCCUGCAAAGCAACAACAAAAUGUUUUACGGGACCUAAGAAAGGUAGGUACCCACAAGUAGACGAAGCUGUACUACGUUUCAUCAGUGAGACACGUGCGAAAGGAUUGCCUAUCACACGCCAAGCAAUGCAAUUGAAGGCAGGAGAAAUUGCCAAAACCCUAGGAAUUGAUGAAACAAAAUUCAAAGCCACAAGAGGCUGGUGUGACCGAUUCAUGCGUCGAGCAGGACUAUCAUUAAGGCACCAAACAUCGUUUUGUCCCAAGCUCCCCACUGCCAUUAAACAGAAGACAGUGUUGGAGCACUCUUUCAAGAAGUGCUGCAUAACCAGUACUCUUGACAACACCGGGAGAGACGUUCUGUGGAAAAAUGCAGACAUCAAUGACUGUGGUUUGAAAAGUGAUUCAGAAGAGUUGGAUUCAGAAUAUGAAGUUAUAAUUAUAACUUAACCAAUUUAUUUCACACAUUUUCAUUACAUAUGCACAAGAUUGAUGUGAUAAAAAUCUGUUUAACUCAAAGCGCUGUUUCAAUAAAUACAAACAUUUUCUGUGAUAUGAAAGCAUUGUGUCAUAGUUUAAUGGGCAGUGUUUUUUCUUAGUGAUACAUAUGGUGCAUCUUAACAAUUGGUAGUGUCUUAGGUUAAAUUAAAAAUGGUAGCUUGUGAAUUUAUUUUUCUUUUUAAGAUAGCAGUUAUUUAUUGGGGAAUUUGAUUCUGACUCUUACAAUGUUAAACUUGUUAUCCUCUGUGAAACACAUGUUUUUUGGGGGGGAGGGGGUAACCAAGAUUUUAGGGUAGUAACUUAGGAAUCUAAGAACUAUCUUCUACUUGGUAGGAAGAGUGGGAUUAGUUACUCCCUUUGUAUAGGAGGACUUUAUGCUCAAGGAAUGUGUUGUGGAGAAAAACACUUCUUCACAAACAAUUCAGUGACAAGACCUCAAAGGUAAUGCGUAUUGAGGAAAACAGUAGUGGGUGAAAAUUCCCGCUUAGCUGUAAAAUGACUCUCUUGCCAGGUUUCCGUGUUUGUCUCAACUGAACUCUGGGCUGAAUGUUUACCAGGGAGGAGAGAUGUGAAUUAAACAACCUUCCUGUUUAGUGUUACCUGCUUUGUACAAGAAUGAAAUGCAAAGCCAACUUAUUUUAUUAAUCCAAGUUCUUUUUAUGUUUUUCUUAACCUUUAUUAAGGACUAGUCAUCACAAAAUAUCUAUUUAACCUCUAUUUUAUGAUGGUGUGUUAUUAUGUUUGAUACCUCAUACUUCUUGCUUAGAGUUUUGUUUAACAGUUCACUGGCUCUGUCCCAGUGUUUGUGAUGAACACCUUUUUGCUAUAUUGUAGCUCUUGGAGAUACUAAACGAGAAUUCACGGAACAUAACUUUAGUUUUAUGUGUUUGCUAGGGGAAGAUUUCCUAGCAGCUGAGAGUGAGGCACAGUCUCUGUCUUCAUUUCUUUAUUAGAUACAAUUUUCUAUUUUUAUGUGACUCUAGGGCAUAACAAAACAGUGACGGUUUCAAGCGUUAAUUUUAAUGCUUCCUACUAGCUAAAUAUCAUCUUAAAAUGAUUAUCAGAAAAAAAAUAAUGCCCCCAAAAGUUUUUGGGGGCAUUAUUUGGUACUGGGAGGAUAUUUAAAUUAGAUUUUUCAUAGUCUAUUGUUUUGAACUAUGGAUUCUGUUUUAUGGUGGAUACCUAAGGUUUAUAUGAUAGUUGCUGGAAAACUUAAAAUAGCUGGUGAGCUUCUUGUUAUGUCACUAUUAAAGAAUGAUGGCUGAUGUAACUCUCCCCCUGAAAUCUACAAGGGUCAUGCCCAAAUUAAUACAGGUUAACCUUUGUAGAGGUAUAUAUGUUGGCAUUAUUUAUUGACAUUUAUGCUUCAAACAUGUCUUAUUUUAUGUAAUUUUAAGAAAUACUCUAUUUAACUUGUGAAAUAUACCUAAAAGCAUACUAGUUAGCUCUUAGACUCUCACUUAGGGAGGGUAAAGAAACAUCACUGAUGCCAAUAUGAAGAUCUAUAAACAAAUCCUUUGUUUAGAACUUUUUUCUCUUCGUGCACCUCACAACACACUUACCAUGGUACAUAUUUCUUAAUGCCACUAAGAAAGGCAAGAUAGUUAACGCAGAAUUACUUAUGUGGUAUAGUGUUUGUUUUCCUGUUUUAGUGCUUUUGUAGCUAAACUUACCGGAGCUGCAUCACAACUACAUUUGCAGUCUCAGUGGGAGGUGGACUAGCCUGUGGUUAAUUUUAGAGCUUAAAAGUUGAUAAGCAUUAAAAACACAUACAUGUAUUAGAAUCUUGUCUAACCCCUCACAAAGGAUGAUGGUGAUCAGCAUGCCAUCUUUUGAAGAUUAAUUCUAAAAUUGAGGACUCUGGUAGGUUGUUUUAUUUCCUUCCCAACCAGCCAUUCAUUUCCAAUUGUUUUGCCUUUGAAACUUUUUGUGAAAAUUGCCUGUACCAAUUGCAUUGGUUGCAUUGCUCUGAUUUAAAUGCCAAAAACACUAAAUAUUUGUGUAGUGCUGUUAAAUGAGGUUUUUCAUAUUUCCAUCAAAAUGAAUAUAAAAUUCACUUGAUGGAUUUUGUAGUGAUAUUUUCAUAGUUGAAACAAACAUAUUGCUGUGCGGUGGACAGCCACUUCACAGACAUGCAGACCCAUUUCUUUAGAGAUAGUAGGUUUAAAACCCAUUUUAAUUUUAUUUUGCUGAAGGUUUGGAAUAUAUAAAGUAAUGGAUUCACAAAAUAUGAUAUCUUAAAACAUGUUGAAAGAUUUGAAAGUGGUGCAUUUUUACUUUUAAGAGCAACAAUCUUUGAAAUUAGUCAACAAUGCAGUCUUUUUUAAAAGUCAGUUUUCUCAAGUAGUAUGUUGUAACGUAAGAUGUAACUGAUAUCUAGAUUUUGACUGGUAAACUUAAAGUGCUUUUUAUAUUUGAGGUUGACUUUAAAAAGCCAUUGAGCAGUCCUCAGAGGUUAUGGACUCUCAAGCGACUAAUGGAAUAGUGUUCUGUUGUGAAGUCUAGAACUAAAGCACCUUGUAUUGUCUGCUUCUAAAGUGUCCUAUAGUUUUUAACUUAAAGUGUAAAGAGUAACAUUUUAUCUUAUGUCAAUUAAAGUUACAUUUUUCAUUUGUUGGUGUACAUGUGCUACCUGUUUUAUGGGGAAUGUUUAACACGAUCCUCCAAGUUGGUUCUAUGCAUAACCAUUCACCAAAUACUGCUGCUGUGAUUCCUUGAAGGAAAUAUUCUGUGCUCUGCUAUGAUGCAUUGCCAUCUUGCUGCUUGACAAUAGGUUUAUAAAUAAUUAGAAUUAUGUGUUUUAAUAGUACCUUUGUAUAUAUAACAAGAUGUAAAAUUAAAGAUGAGGAAUGUGUGUAAAUGAUCAUUCACUGUUUUUGUUUUAAAACUGGUCAGUACUAUAAAGCUUCUGUGGUUUGUAUGAUGUUUUAACUUUCACUUUAAACUGCAUAGAAUAAAUUAAAUUGAAAACAACAAAA